AUGGAACCAGCAACUUGGUCAUGCAGACCUGACCCAAAACCUUCAACCGCGUCAGCACCACCACCAAGCCGUUACGAGUCACAGAAACGCCGCGACUGGAACACGUUUCUACAAUACCUAAGACACCACAAACCCCCUCUAGCGCUAACGCUGUGCAGCGGCGCGCACGUGCUCGAGUUCCUCAAGUACCUAGACCAAUUCGGAAAAACCAAAGUCCACGUGACAACAUGUUUUUUCUUUGGCCACUCGGACCCAACAUCUCCUUGCGCUUGUCCGCACAAACAAGCUUGGGGAUCUCUCGACUCGUUGAUCGGACGACUUAGAGCCGCUUUCGAGGAAAAUGGUGGACGGCCGGAUACAAACCCGUUUGCUGCACGCGCCAUUAGGAUGUACCUUAGGGAAGUCAAAGGGAGUCAAGCCAAGGCUCGUGGAAUUACUUAUCAGAAAAAGAGACGGAAAGCUGCCGUUACUACCUUGACCAUAGUUCCCACGAGUAAGGGCAAUCAAAAUAGAGGUGAUCUCGACUCUCUGGAUGAAGACCACAGAGAAGACAGUUAG